CUCUCUCUUCUCUGUGUUUUAGGGAUUGGUUCUGAUUUAGGGUGUUGUUGAUUUUGGUUUCGGAUUUUCUAGGGUGGCGGCCAUGGCGGCUUGAUGAUUGCCAUGGCUUCCAUGAUGAGGGGCCAUGGCUUCUAUGGUUUUACAUAGUUUAAAGUGAAUAAAGUUAUUUCCCCUCUUGCGCGUGUCCCGACCUCUUCUCCAAUCCGCUACACACGCAUACCUAAGAGCUCUCUAUUUGAAAUAGUAUCAAUAUAUACUUUAGUAUAAUGGAGGUCAAGCUAUGGAAUGACAAGCGUGAAAGAGAAAUGUAUGAGAAUUUCUCUGAGUUAUAUGCCAUUAUAAAGGCCACUGAGAAGCUUGAAAGGGCAUACAUUCGCGACGUGAUCACUUCAUCGGUGUAUGAGACUGAAUGCCAAAAACUCAUCGCCCAUUUCAAGACUUUGUCUUCCACUCUUAAGGACACUAUUCCGAGCGUUGAGCGCUUUGCAGAUACAUAUAAGAUGGACUGCCCAGCAGCUAUAAACCGCCUUGUGACCUCCGGAGUUCCUGCCACGGUGGAGCACAGAGCUGCUGCAGCUUCCUCCAUGACAUCCUCAGCUGCUGCUGUGGCCGAGUGCACACAGAAUUUCAUUACAGCAAUGGACUCAUUGAAGUUGAAUAUGAUUGCAGUUGAUCAGGUGCACCCCCUGCUUUCAGACCUCGCAACAUCUCUCAAUAAAUUGACCUUUCUGCCACCAGACUUCUUGGGGAAGGUGAAGUUGAAGGAAUGGAUUGCAAGGCUGUCCAAGAUGGGUGCAGCGGAUGAGUUGACUGAGCAACAGGCCAGACAACUUCACUUUGAUCUUGAGUCAUCCUAUAACUCAUUCAUGGCAGCUUUACCCAAUGCUGGUAAUUGAUUGAUGAUUAUGUAGUUUGUCGAUAUUUGGGUGUGGUGUUUCUCUGUGGGCGACUCAAUAUAUAGCAUUUUGUGUGGAUACAGCUACUUGUUAGAACCUUGAUGAUCUCUUUAAAGGGCUUCUAAUUUUCUGCAGCCUAUAUAUUUUGGGUAUGACUGCAAUUCUGAACUAUAUAUUAGUAUUUUGUGCAAUCAAUCUGUAUUCUGAAAGUACUGAAAGAGUUAAAGUCCUUUCCAGGUCUGUAAUGUUUAAUUUAACUGAAUGGGGAUGCUCCAUUACAGGGCACCGUAUUUGAUAACUAACCUGAUUGAUGAAUGAAAGGUUGAAGUC